UUGGAGAAUUUUGGGUUUCGGGAAUUCACUUUCAAAAGAAAAGUGAAUCAAUAAUCUGUCUUUUAUGCCAUAGGUGACAUCAGUAGGAGGGCAAAAAAUAUUGCUACAGAGAAUCUGUUUGACGUCAAGUAGGAUAUUAACUAGAUAUCCCAAUCAGUUGGCAUUUGCAUCUGAUUUAACUAUAUGCAUUCUAACACACAUUUUGAGAGCUUAUUUAAAAGAGCAGCUGCAGAGUAGCAGAUCUCAUCCCUGGGAAACUUCAUAAUGGAGUCAAAGAGUCAAAACCAAUUACUUUUGUUUAAUGGUUACUCAUAUCAUUUCUCAUAGAAAGGAAUGAAUUUUUUUCUUUCUGUAUAUGACUCAAUAGCUCAUCUGCAUGGGAGUGAACAGUCAAAUAGCUUCUUCAUGGCUACUAGAUUUGCAGUAGUGAGAUAAGGAUUUCCUUAAAGUGGUAUCUUUAUCCUUGAGCACUUACUGUGGUAAGAUCAAGUUACAGCUGGUUUAAUUCAAUGUCAAACUUAUUAGGUUUGUCAUUGCAAAUUUUACUGGUUCUGGUGAUGAUUACAUAACAAAUAAUUACCCAAUAUAAAGUGCUAGUGACAGAUUAAUACUUUGCUUUGAGAUAUAAAAAUGAGAUACAGGAACCACAUAGCAAAAGAGUUCUGUUUAAAGCAGUUGUAUUCUAUUUUAGAUAACAGAAACGUGCUUCAGGUAAUGGUCUUCAAAUACAAUUAAUUUUAAAUAAUGCUUUUAUUGUUAUAAUUCACAGCUGACAGUUACUCAUUUGGAAGAGAUAUUAGAGGAAUUUUGAGCUGACUGGCAGUGUGGUUGGAAGGUAAAACAAGUGGGAUGGAUGUGGCUCUAGGCAGCCUGGUCUGUGGUGGGAGAGUUGAAACUGGGUGAUCAUUGAGAUCCUUUUCAACCCAGUCCAUUCUGUGAUUCUGUGAUUAUUUAUCAAAUAUCUGUUCUGCUACUCAGUCCUCUAAUGUUGAAGUUUAGUGAUGGGAAAAAGAUUUAACAUCUGAGUGUAUCAUAAUUCACUCUUUUUGGAUGACUAACACUGCUAGCCUAGGGUCUAAUCAUGUCAUUUUUGUAUGACUGAAUAAUGUAAUAAAAGGAUAUAAGGUGACUUCCUUAUGCCAUGUGCCAUCAGUUCCAGGUCAUGGGGAUUUAUUUCACUGUGGUGCUAUGUCCUGCCCCUUUUCACAAUGCUCUUUCUGAAGGCUGACCUCCCUCCCCCCCUCAGACAGAAUGAGGCAGAGAGGAUGUUGAUGACUCAUUUUCCCUGUGUUUUCUUCACAAGCUGUUCCAGUGAAACAAUGUGCUGUCUCUCCAUCUGAGCUUAUCACAAACAGUUUAACUCUCAAACAAUUUGAUGUCAAUCUUUUUACGGUUUUGCAGGGAUCAACAGGAAAAAGGGCGUGGAAAAUUCCUCACCUGAAGCACAUUCUCCUGAAACAAUAGAGAAAAGUCUCUCAUCGUGUCCAGGCUGGCCUCCAGCUACUUCUUCUGAGUUCCCUUGCUCCUUCUAGCUCUUGAAUUUACAAAUGUUAAGCCUGUGAGAAGCAAGUUAGUAUAAUCCAAAUAUUGCUGUGAGAUGAAAGGAAGGUCCUGGUCAUUUAAGAACUUGCCCAUAAACUUCAUUUGAGAUGUGAAAAGGCUUGAUUAAUUAACUAGGAAAAAAGACGAAUAGAGGAGGCUGUGUUGUGGUGCAUUGAUAGAAGUAUUUUAUAUUGUUAUCUGAAGAAUUCAGAAAUCCCCUGUUCUCUCUGCUUUCCUUUUGGAAAAUUCUUGAACCAUCUCCAGCAAAUCUUAGUGGACUUCCACUGCUCCUUCUGUUCCUGCUCACUAAGCCAAGAGGGCACCGGCACAAGUGAAUCUGGACAGGAACAAGUGGCUGUAGAUCAGCAGGCUUAGGUUUUUUUCUACAGUAAGAUAAUUUAACUUGUUUGUUGUGAGAUGUUGUAUUCAGAACUAAUUGAAGUGUCCUGAAUUGUCUGUCCUCUGGAAACACUUGAUCCUAGGAGCCUUAUUUUCAUACUUGUGUAAGAUACCACAAAUUCCACUGAAGUUAGCUGAAAGCAAGCAUUAGAAGUCCCUUGCAGCAACAAAGUAAGGUGGAGCUGAAUGUCCCAUGGUUGUAUCGAUUUUAUCAGAUUUGCACCUAUUGUCUAUGGCAAAUGGGUGUUUCUGCCCAAGUUUAAUGUUCAACUCUGCCCUGUUACAUUGCUGUUAAUGCAAAGACACUUUGUCUCUUAGUAUCUUCAAUUUAGUUUAAUUCUGUUGUAUAUUAAAACUUGUGUAGUACUCAGUUAACAUCAGGUUGAAGUGUUAGUUUCAUGUGUGUAUGUUUCAGUCUUUUUCUUGGGGUUGCUUCAUUGUUGGUGCCUAAUUGCGUUGUUGGGAAUCUGGUGCAUCCAUCCAGUAGACCACACGUAAAUCUGACAGUGGUUGGCAUCUAGCUGCCAAUUCCGCUGCUUUUAUUAAUGCUUGAUUUAAUGAUCUCAUUCUAAUCAUUGGAAUCGAUGCAGUAAAUCUGCAGUGUGCUGAACCUCAGGCUGUCAGUGGCAGAUGCAGCACAAACUCAGAACAGGGCAGACAAAGGGUAAGGCCUGAUGAGGAACAUCCACAUGCCAUGAUACUUAAAAUGAAUUUGAACCAUACGAAAUGAACACUCUUGUAAGGCUGUGGUAUUUUAUAAACAGUGCCAGGGCCUUUGAGGCAGAUUUAACUCGGUUUUGAACCAUGUUGUGUUUGCAGAGGAAACAGGGAAUUAACUGUGAGUGCCUUAAAUAGAAGUUAGCAGUCUAAAGUGAUGUUGGACAUCCAGUUCAGGGGAGAGAUUUCUUUUCUGGGAAAUCUUUAUUUUUCAUAUUUAGGAUCCACAAGUAAUUUGAACCAAACUCAAAUAAUCACUUGUCUUCCUUUAGGAAUUCUGAUAGCCGGUUUGCUUUAGUGCACAGCUGGAUGUUAAAGAUGAGUGAUGGAGCGGCAGCGGGGUUGAAGCACGAGGCUUGUUGCUUAGCACUGCUGAUCCAGGGCUGGUCACGGUCAGGCUGGGCCCCGUGCGGGCUGCGGUAGAGAUGGAAUGGAUGCAGCCCGCUCUGAUUUUGCUCGUACUGAGCUUAAAAACGCGUUUGUCGCUUUGAAGUUUUACAGAUGGUUGCUAAAGCUCGCGUAUUUACAUUAAAAAAGGUUCAAAAAGGUGUCGAGCUCUCAGGGUGAGGGGGCGGGAGGGCCGGGCCGCGCGGGGCCCCUGCCGGCCAUUUAACGCGUUAGGGUGCUUCGGGACGCCGUCCGAGCUCCCGAGCCGAGCGGGAAGGCCGAAGCUCGGCCCUCGUCCCGCCCCCGCCCUGAGGGCGGCCUGAGGAGCCACGCGGCGGGCGGGAAGCGGCGGGCAGGGCAGGGCGGCCCCUCUCCCGCCUCCCGGGGGCGGUGCGCGCUGACGCGGCAGCGCCGCGGCUCUCCGCCGGCCGAGUCGCACAAUUAUGAGAAAGAGCUGCCGGGCCGAGGCCGCCGCCAGCGCUGGGUCCCGGUGCGGAGCCGAGCUAACGCCGUCCUCCUCGCCCCGCUCAUCCCUCCGCCCCGGGAGCGACGUCCUCGCCCGGCUUCUCCCCACCCGGCCCUCCGCAGCCGCCGAGCUCAGCCCCGAUAGAUGGAGACAGGCCCCGCCACCGCCGACGCCGAACCACGAGCAGGAGCUGCCCGGCGGGAGGAGAGCCAGAGUCGGCGCCGAGACCCAGCCCGGCCCUGAGGAGAAUGUCACAGAAAUCCUGGAUAGAAAAUACUUUCACCAAGAGGGAGUGUGUGUAUAUUAUACCAAGUUCAAAAGACCCCCACAGAUGCCUUCCAGGAUGUCAGAUUUGUCAGCAACUUGUCAGGUGCUGCUGUGGCCGCUUGGUCAGACAACAUGCUUGUUUUACUGCAAGUCUCGCUAUGAAAUACUCCGAUGUGAAGCUAGGUGAGAACUGUAAUCAGGAAAUAGAAGAAUGGUCAGUGGAAAAACAUACAGAACAAACCUCUACUGAUGCUUACGGUGUCAUCAACUUCCAAGGUGGCUCUCAUUCUUACAGGGCUAAGUAUGUGCGAUUAUCAUAUGACACUAAACCUGAAGCUAUUCUGCAACUUAUGCUUAAAGAAUGGCAGAUGGAGUUGCCAAAGCUUGUUAUCUCUGUACAUGGGGGCAUGCAGAAAUUUGAACUUCACCCACGCAUCAAACAGUUGCUUGGCAAGGGUCUUAUUAAAGCUGCAGUAACAACAGGAGCCUGGAUUAUAACUGGAGGAGUGAACACAGGUGUUGCAAAACAUGUUGGUGAUGCUCUAAGAGAACACGCUUCCAGAUCAUCUCGAAAGAUUUGCACUAUUGGGAUUGCUCCAUGGGGAGUGAUUGAAAACAGAAAUGACCUUGUUGGAAGAGAUGUGGUUGCUCCAUAUCAAACCUUGUUAAACCCAUUAAGUAAACUAAACGUGCUAAAUAAUCUCCAUUCCCAUUUCAUUCUGGUGGAUGAUGGAACAGUUGGGAAAUACGGAGCAGAAGUUAAAUUGCGGAGAGAACUGGAAAAAACUAUAAAUUUGCAGCGGAUCCAUGCAAGAAUUGGCCAAGGUGUACCUGUGGUAGCACUCGUAUUCGAAGGGGGCCCCAAUGUCAUACUUACAGUUUUAGACUUCCUUCAUGAAAGUCCUCCUGUACCGGUGGUGGUAUGUGAAGGAACAGGCAGAGCUGCAGACAUACUGGCAUAUGUUCACAAGCAAACAGAGGAGGGAGGGAAUGUUCCUGAGGGUGCAGAGCCUGAAAUUAUUUCAACUAUCAAAAAGACAUUUAACUUUGGUCAAAGUGAAGCAGUUCAUCUGUUUCAGACACUGCUGGAGUGCAUGAAAAAAAAAGAACUUAUUACUGUCUUUCAUAUUGGGUCAGAUGAACAUCAGGACAUAGACGUUGCAAUACUUACAGCACUGUUAAAAGGCACAAAUGCAUCUGCAUUUGACCAGCUUGUUCUGACGCUCGCGUGGGAUAGAGUUGACAUUGCCAAAAAUCAUGUUUUUGUUUAUGGGCAACAAUGGCUGGUUGGCUCUUUGGAACAGGCUAUGUUAGAUGCCCUUGUGAUGGAUAGAGUUGCAUUUGUGAAACUUCUGAUUGAAAAUGGAGUAAGCAUGCACAAGUUUCUUACAAUUCCCAGGCUGGAAGAACUUUAUAACACCAAACAAGGCCCAACCAACCCAACACUCUUCCAUCUUGUUCGAGAUGUCAAACAGGGAAAUCUUCCUCCAGGGUACAAAAUCAACCUGAUUGAUGUGGGGCUGGUUAUUGAAUAUUUGAUGGGAGGAACCUACAGAUGCACCUACACAAGAAAACGCUUUAGAGCUAUAUACAAUAGUCUCAGUGGGAACAAUCGGCGAUCUGGACGAAAUCCUUCAAGCACUACUCCUCAGCUGUGUAAAAGCCAUGAGUCUUUUGGUAACAGAGCAGACAAAAAGGAAAAAAUGCGACAUAAUCACUUCAUCAAAACAGCACAGCCAUACAAACCAAAGAUUGACACUGGUGCAGAAGAGGGAAAAAAGAAAAGAACCAAAGAUGAAAUAGUAGACAUAGAUGAUCCUGAAACAAGACGUUUUCCUUAUCCUCUCAAUGAGCUGUUACUUUGGGCGGUGUUAAUGAAGAGGCAGAAGAUGGCCCUUUUCUUCUGGCAGCAUGGGGAGGAGUCCAUGGCAAAAGCCCUAGUUGCAUGCAAAGUGUAUCGUUCAAUGGCAUAUGAAGCAAAACAAAGUGACCUUGUUGAUGACACUUCAGAAGAAUUGAAACAAUAUUCCAAUGAGUUUGGUCAGCUGGCAGUUGAAUUGUUAGAACAGUCCUUCCGACAAGAUGAAACUAUGGCAAUGAAGUUACUAACAUAUGAGCUUAAAAACUGGAGCAAUUCAACUUGUCUGAAGCUGGCGGUUUCAUCAAGGCUUCGUCCAUUUGUUGCUCAUACUUGUACACAAAUGUUGUUAUCAGAUAUGUGGAUGGGAAGGCUGAAUAUGAGGAAGAAUUCAUGGUAUAAGGUGAUAUUGAGUAUUUUACUCCCUCCUGCUAUACUUCUGUUGGAAUAUAAGACUAAGGCUGAAAUGUCACAUAUUCCUCAGUCUCAAGAUGCACAUCAAAUGGCAAUGGAUGACAGUGAAAACAACUUCCAGAAUGCAGCAGAUGAAAUACCAAUGGAGGUGUUUAAAGAAGUAAGGAUCUUGGACAGUACCACAGAGAAGCAUGAUAUGGAAACCCCAGCAAAACCUAAAAGACUUCCAAUUACACAGAAGUUUUAUGCAUUUUAUCAUGCACCAAUUGUGAAGUUUUGGUUUAAUACAUUGGCAUACUUAGGAUUCCUCAUGCUCUACACAUUUGUGGUUCUUGUAAAAAUGGAAGAAGUGCCAUCUGUCCAAGAGUGGAUCGUUAUUGCUUACAUUUUCACAUCAGCAAUUGAGAAAAUUCGUGAGAUUUUUUUUAUGUCAGAAGCUGGGAAAAUUAAUCAGAAGAUUAAAGUGUGGUUCAGUGAUUACUUCAAUAUUAGUGACACAGUUGCUAUUGUCACUUUCUUCAUUGGAUUUGUUUUAAGAUUUGGAGCAAAGGGGAAUUUUGGUGAAAACACCUAUAGAGAAAAUUACAUAUUUGUUGCUGGAAGAAUAACAUACUGUCUCAAUAUAAUUUUUUGGUAUGUGCGAUUACUGGAUUUUUUAGCUGUUAACCAACAGGCUGGACCUUAUGUUAUGAUGAUUGGAAAAAUGGUGGCCAACAUGUUUUACAUUGUGGUGAUUAUGGCACUUGUACUGCUUAGUUUUGGUGUUCCCAGGAAGGCAAUAUUGUACCCUAAUGAGGCACCAUCUUGGACUCUUGCUAGAGAUAUUGUUUUUCAUCCAUACUGGAUGAUUUUUGGUGAAGUGUAUGCCUAUGAAAUUGAUGUUUGUGCAAAUAAUUCUGAGUCACAAGUUGCUCAUCUCUGUGGGCCAGGAACAUGGUUGACCCCAUUUCUUCAAGCUGUCUACCUCUUUGUACAGUACAUAAUUAUGGUUAAUCUCCUUAUUGCAUUUUUCAACAAUGUGUAUUUACAAGUAAAGGCAAUUUCAAACAUUGUAUGGAAGUACCAACGCUAUCAUUUCAUUAUGGCCUAUCAUGAAAAACCGGUUCUGCCUCCACCACUUAUUAUUCUUAGCCAUAUGGCUUCCCUGUUGUGUUGUAUAUGUAAAAGAAGAAAGACAGACAAGACUUCAGAUGGGCCAAAACUCUUCCUGACAGAAGAAGAUCAAAAGAAACUUCAUGAUUUUGAAGAGUUGUGUGUUGAGAUGUAUUUCAAUGAGAAGGAUGACAAAUUUCAUUCUGGAAGCGAGGAGAGGAUUCGAGUCACUUUUGAACGGGUGGAACAAAUGUGCAUACAGAUAAAGGAAGUUGGUGAUCGUGUCAACUACAUAAAACGGUCACUCCAGUCUUUAGAUUCACAGAUUGGCCACCUACAGGAUCUCUCUGCUCUAACUGUGGAUACUCUGAAAACACUGACUGCUCAGAAAGCUUCAGAAGCUAGUAAGGUUCACAAUGAAAUUACACGGGAAUUGAGCAUUUCAAAACACUUGGCACAAAACCUCAUUGAUGAUGGCUCUCUAAGAUCUUCUGUGUGGAAAAAGCACAGCAUUGGAAAUGUCUUCGGUUCUUUUCCUCAAGGAGGCCUUGAAAAUAACAAUGCUUUACUCUGUAGCAUUUCGAUACGUGAUGACAAAGAAGUCCAGCAUAAGACAAUUGGUCAGGAAUUGGCUCAAGUUGCCCGAAGAGAAGAAAUGAACUUUCAAGAGGCAGGUUCCUCAGGCAGUGCCUUAUUUUCCAAUGUUGUUUCCCCUCCAGAACUUCGCCAGAGAAUACAGGCUUCAGAGAUCUCAAAAUCCUCUAGUAGAAGUAAAAAAUUAGGCAAUUCAUCUAACAGUAUGCCACAUGUAACAUCCCCAACAGCUAAAUUUUUUGUUAGCACUCCAUCUCGUCCCAGUUGCAAAAGUCAGCUGGAUUCUUCAACAAAGCAUGAAGAGACUGUUUGUUCUAAGGCUACAGAAGGCGAAAAUAAUGUAGAAUUUGGUGCAUUUGUGGGUCACAGAGACAGCAUGGAGUUGCAGCGGUUUAAGGAGGCAGCAAGCAAAAUUAAAGAAAGAAGUGCUGAUAUUGAGGAGCAACAGGAAGACUUCAAAAAAGCCAUACUGGAGGGCAUAGAGACUACCAGGCUGCAAGGUCUUCAAACUGACAGUGGUCUUAGACAGUCUAGUUCUUGUGGUGGGUUUACUGACCCUUUGGCAGUCCAUUCAGAACAAUUACCCAGCAAGAGUAGAAGAGCAUCAAGUGAAGACGCUCAGCAGGUAGACUCUAAAGCAGCUUUGCUGACGGAUUGGUUGCAAGGUAGACCUUCAAGUAGCAGUCAAAUGGCAUCUGAAGAAGAUGCAUUGAAUGGCAUUGCUUCUCCUUUCAAGCCUAUCAUGGAUAUCAACUACUAUUACUCAGCUGUAGAAAGAAAUAACUUGAUGAGGUUAUCACAGAGCAUUCCUUUCACUCCUGUGCCUCCAAGAGGUGAACCAGUCACUGUGUAUCGCCUCGAAGAAAGUUCUCCCAACAUCUUGAACAACAGCAUGUCUUCCUGGUCACAACUGGGACUCUGUGCAAAAAUUGAAUUUUUAAGCAAAGAGGAGAUGGGAGGAGGUUUACGUCGAGCUCUUAAAGUUGUGUGCACAUGGUCAGAAUAUGACAUCCUGAAAUCAGGACAUCUUUAUAUCAUCAAGUCUUUCCUUCCUGAAGUUGUGAACACUUGGUCAAGCAUUUAUAAAGAGGAUACUGUGUUACACUUGUGCUUGAGAGAAAUUCAGCAGCAGAGGGCAGCACAGAAGCUCACCUUUGCUUUCAAUCAAAUGAAACCAAAAUCCAUUCCUUACUCUCCACGGUUCCUGGAAGUUUUCCUGUUAUAUUGCCACUCUGCUGGGCAGUGGUUUGCAGUUGAAGAGUGCAUGACAGGAGAAUUUAGAAAAUAUAACAACAACAAUGGUGAUGAAAUAAUUCCAAGUAACAUGCUAGAGGAGGUUAUGCUAGCUUUCAGCCAUUGGACAUAUGAAUAUACAAGAGGGGAAUUGCUUGUACUAGACCUGCAAGGUGUUGGUGAAAAUUUGACAGAUCCGUCUGUGAUAAAAGCUGGAGAAAAAAGGUCUUAUGAUAUGGUGUUUGGUCCAGCCAAUCUGGGAGAGGAUGCGAUAAAAAACUUCAGAGCGAAGCAUCACUGUAAUUCUUGCUGCAGAAAACUUAAACUCCCUGAUCUGAAGAGGAAUGAUUACACACCUGACAAGGUUAUAUUUCCUCAGGAUGAUUCCCCUGAACUAACAAUUCAGCCUGGAAGCUGCACCAAAGAAUCAGAUUCAGCUAAUUCUCUUCGUUUGAUGCUCUAAUGAUGUGAUCAAAUGAGUGGCUUCAUCCAAACUUCAUGGAAUGUCACAAAGCUGUCACUUAUCUUUCCUUCACCACAAUUAAAAGAAAGAUGCAUCA